AUGAAGGCGCCCAUAGUGGCUUGUCCGUUCGACCAGUGGGGCAUAGACAUCGUGGGGCCCUUCCCCAUGGCGACGGGUCAAAGGAAGUUCCUGCUCGUCGCGGUGGACUAUUUCUUCAAAUGGGUUGAAGCCGAGCCACUGGUGAAGAUAACCGAGCAGAUGAGCAAUGGGCAGGCGGAAGUCGCCAACCGUGAAAUACUUCAGAUCCUGCACGUUCGGCUCAACCACGUCGGAGGAAGCUGGGUAGAUGAACUCCCCAGCGUGCUAUGGGUGAUCAGCAUGACUCCCAAGGAAGGGACCGGGGCAACGCCCUUCCACCUGGUAUAUGGCGGCGAAGCGGUCGUCCUCGUUGAAGUUGGGGUUGAAUCCAACCGAAUACAACACUACAACGAAGACAACGCCGCGCGGAGGCUUCUGGAGCUGGACUUGGUGGACGAAGAGCAUGCUAAAGCGGUUGUCUGA